AUGGGUUCUGUAGAGGCGACCAAUGGCAACCACGUGCCUGUGCGAAAACACAUCCUGCUCAAUGCAUUUGACAUGUCCACAGUGGGACAUCUGUCACCGGGCCAGUGGAAGAAUCCCAAGGACAAGUCCGCGACAAAGCGGUCUCUUGAAUAUUGGAUUGAAUUAGCCAAGAUUCUUGAGCGAGGUGACAUCAAUGCACUCUUCCUGGCCGACACGUAUGGCGGCUAUGAUACCUAUCAAGACAGCCUUGACGACUGCAUUCGACGUGCUGCGCAAUGGCCCAUGACAGAUCCGACCAUUCCCAUCUCUGCAAUGGCCGCAGUGACCAAGAACCUCGCCUUUGGUAUCACCGCGUCGACGUCGUUCGAACCUCCCUUCCUUCUCGCAAAACGCUUCUCCACACUUGAUCAUCUCACCAAAGGACGUAUCGGCUGGAACAUUGUCACGGGGUGGAAGAAGACCGCCUUCAAAGCAAUUGGGAUUGAGAAUCCUACCGAACACGAUGAAAGAUACCUGCAAGCCGAUGAGUAUCUGAGAGUUUUAUACAAGCUGUGGGAAGGGUCUUGGGCGAACGACGCAUUAUCCCCAGACCCUGACACAGACACCUACAUCGACCCGGACAAAGUCCGCACCAUUCAUCAUCAUGGCAAAUACUUGAAUCUGGAUGCUCGACACAUUGUUGAUCCAUCACCUCAAAGGACGCCAUUCCUCUUCCAGGCGGGUACUUCACCAGCCGGAUCAGAGUUCGCAGCCACCCAUGCGGAAGCGAUAUUUGUAUCCUCGCACAGUCCUUUAGUGCUCAGGCCAAAAAUUGAGAAGAUCAGACAACUUUCCAAGGCCAAGGGACGAGACCCCCAAUCCAUUAAGUUCGUUGGUACCUUCACCCCCAUCAUUGGGUGCACGGAAGAAGAAGCCCAAGAAAAGCUCACAGAGGCAAAGAAGUAUGCCUCCACCAUUGGAGGAUUAGUGCUGUUCUCGGGGUGGACUGGUAUUGAUAUCUCCAAGAUUCCAAUUGAUCAGGACAUUACCGCUGAAGACUCAAAAGAGGCGCACAAAGUUAGAAGCAUGUUGGAUGCCUUCACGACAACAAGCCCCGACGUUCCAAGGUGGACACCCAGAGUUGUGGCGGAGAAAGCGGCAAUUGGCGGCCUGGGACCUGUUGCAGUGGGAACUCCGCAGAAAGUGGCUGAUGAAAUGGAAAGAUGGAUCAACGAGGCUGAUCUGGACGGCUUCAACAUCGCUUAUGUGACCACUCCGGGAACGUUCGAAGAUGUUGUGGACUUGUUAAUUCCAGAGCUGAGACGCAGAGGAUUGUAUCCUAAGAAAAAAGAGGGCGAUCCAGUUACCUUGCGUGAGAAAGUUUAUGGAAAAGGUCAAGCAGGGAUCAGAGAUGACCAUGCAGGCGCAAAGUACCGAUAUGAUGUGUACAAAGAGGAUCCUCCAUAUUCCGUUGAAGAAAAGCAGGAGAGCAAUGACCAGGCUGAGACGAGGAAAGGGGAAGCUGUCGAGGCUGCCAAACGAUAA